UCGUGUGUGAACUAUACCUAGUGAACGUCGUACCGUACAACCUAGGAUCGCCCGGGACCUAGCGAUUCGUUCGUCACCUGUGGUCCCUGCACGUACUGUAUCCCGGGUGACCAAGGGUGACGGUGUUCUGUGUCGUGCGCGUUUUUACCCAGUGUUAUUGUUAAGUUUUUUUAUCGUUUUUUCAAUCUGCAAGGCUGACGCCUCAUCGCAGUUGACAAGCCAAAAAAAAUGCAUCAGCAGCAGCUGGGUCACCAGUUCUGCUGGUCCACCUGCACCUAUAGUUGCCAUACAAAGAUAUUAUCGCGCAGCACUAGCCGUUCAUGAAACCUGCAGCAAUAAAACCGCAGAACCGACGUCAAGGUCAAAUAAAUUGCAACCAAGAUGAGUCGAUUCGUAGCCGGCCUGAUACUUUUGCUGAUCCAGUGCUGUUUGUUCGGCAUUGCUGCGGAAAUCAGGCAGUUGCCCUUCUGCAAGGACUCCACGGAAGCUAAGCCAUCGCGGAGUUUGUUAUUUGUUAGUACUCUGGAUGGAAAACUUACAGCUUUAGAUACUUCGCAACAAGGCCAAAAAGUCUGGUCACUAGAUUUCAAAGAAGAACCUCUACUUUCAUCUAAUAUUCACCAAAGAGAUCUAAAUAACAAUGGUCAGUGGGUAAGAUUGAUCCCUACUCUGAAUGGUGGCUUGUACAAGUUUGAUGGUGAAAAUCUCGAGUCUGUUCCUGUGUCAAUGGACCAACUUUUACAAUCAUCCUUCAGAUAUUCCGAUGAUUUAAUAUUUUCAGGUGGUAAAGAAACUAAAACAUACGGAAUAAUUACUUCAACUGGUAAAAUAUUGUAUGAAUGUAAAAUAAACAGUUGUGUCAAUUCUACUGAGAAAGACAAUUUAGUAGAAGAAGAUGUUUUAAUUGUUAGACGUCAUCAGCAUACUGUCAGAGCUAGUGAACCUAGAUCUGGAGUUGAAAGGUGGAACUUCAGUGUAGGACAACACGAUUUGACAAUAAUACCUCGCGCAAAUAUUGAUUGCAACGAUGAAAAAACUCCAUCUGUAACAUUAGAAAUAGAGAUUCGUGCUAUUAUUCCAAAAGGGCUUAUUGCUGCUUUCAGUAAAGACAAUCCCACUGUAAAACUUUGGGAAUACAAGUUUGAUUCGCCAGUGGUAACAGUUUGGAGGGAAGAUCAAGUACUUUCAAAUGAAAUAACGCCUUUAAAAGCAGUCAACUUAUUCGAUUCUUCAAUUUUGGAUUCUAACAUAGGUUCAGAGUUCACCAUAAAUCCAGGUUUAUACAUAGGUAUGCAUGAAAGACAGUUGUAUAUACAAGAAAAUCCAAUUUUCAGAAAAGCUGUUGAUUUGACAGCUUCUGAUACAAAAUUGAUCAAUUAUCCUUGGCGCCCAUAUCCCACUAUUGAGUUUUCCAAAGAUGUUGAGUAUGAUAACGAAAAUAUCAAAACCGAAAUGAGUGAAAUUCGUAGCACAACAGCCAUGUCUGUUCUGUACAAUUCAGAGUAUGUGAAUGGAAAUGGUUUUUUCUUAUAUUCUAAAGAACAGAUGCAACUAGAUGCAGGCAGUCAUUGUAAUAGAACUGGACCUAAAGAUAUAUUAGAAAACAUCUCAGAACCUUCAUUAGAAGAAAAUUUAGAAGCUGCGACAUCCAUACAAGUUAUAUACGUUUCUAUUUGGUACUACUGGUUUGAAAUAUUAAUGAUUUCUGUAACUACUGCUUUUGUGGUCCACUGUAUAUUGUCACAGAAAUAUUUAUAUUCAAACGCCAAAGAUGCCAUUGCUCCACCUUUGAUUGUUGAGCGGCAUGUUGUUGAUCCACAAAAUGAAGCUCGCUUAUCCCAAUCCGAAGAUAGCGAUGACAAUUUUAAAUCACGUUAUUUGACUGAUUACGAACCCCUCGAUUGCCUAGGUCGUGGAGGCUACGGUAUUGUAUUCGAAGCCAGAAAUAAGCUUGACGAUUGUAACUAUGCGAUCAAACGAAUUGCCUUACCCAAUAGUCAAUAUUCUCGAGAGCGAGUCAUGAGGGAAGUAAAAGCUCUGGCUAAACUGGAUCAUCACAACAUCGUUCGCUAUUUCAGUGCGUGGUUGGAAUGUCCACCGGCAGGGUGGCAAGAAGAACACGACCAACGCUGGUCAAAUCACGAAAAGUUUCCCGACUCGAAUUUCACGUCGGAAUCAUCGGCUGUUGAUUCGUCGGUUCAUAUUGAAGUACCACCCAGUAAUCCUUCAUCUGUUGACAGCGCACGUGAAGCUUUGGAGCUGAAUGAAGACAACGACGAUUCUUUUAUUGUUUUUGAUGCACCUUCAAACGAUGAAGAUACAGAAGGUGAAAAUGAAGACAGCAUUGAGCCGAGGAAUACAGAGAGUGUGCAUCUAUCGAUAUCGCAUAAUGGUAAGGAAGACAAGAGUAGCAAGGAAGGUGACUCAGUUAUAUUUGAAGAAACCGAGCACAUGGAUUUAAAGCAAAGUGAUGCAAGUCACUCCGUCAUAUUUACAGAUUCCAAUCACACGCUCAGUAAAGCAAGUCAUUCCAUUGCAUUUGGAAAUUCCAAACGUACAGAUUUCGCGGAAAGAAGGUCGCAAUUAAACUUAAAUUUAAGGAAACGAAAGGACAGCAAUAAGUCGAACGCGAAAAUGUUUUUGUAUAUACAGAUGCAAUUGUGUCAAAGAUUGAGUUUAAGGGAUUGGCUCAAAACUCAGAAUUCUCUGCGCAAUAAUUUAAAAGUUUUGAAUAUUUUUGAGCAAAUUGUUGAUGCUGUAGAAUACGUCCACUUGCAGGGUUUGAUUCACCGUGAUUUAAAGCCAUCCAAUAUUUUUUUCGCAUUUGAUAACAAAAUUAAAAUUGGUGACUUUGGUCUGGUCACCGCAAUGACUGAAGGAAUCAAUGGUGUUCACACACCUUGUGAUUCCAAUGAAAUGUGCAUUAUAAAGCGUGUGCAUACUGCACGCGUUGGUACUCAUCUUUACAUGUCUCCAGAGCAAAUGAAUGAAAAGAAUUAUAAUUACAAAGUGGAUAUUUAUUCUCUUGGGAUUAUUUUAUUUGAGCUAUUGAUUCCUUUUUCAACAGAAAUGGAGAGAGUUAUUGCUUUAACUAAUCUGAGGAAAUCUCUUUUUCCGGAAAACUUUUCCCUGCAGUAUCCUGCAGAGUAUGAGUUGUUGAAAAUGAUGCUAGAUGAAAACCCUGAAAAACGACCAACAACUCUUGGUAUUAAAGCACGUCCUCCAUUUUUAAAGAAUGAAAGUAUUAACCUUUUGGAAGUGGACGAAAAUUCCAAAUGGCACUUUGAGCUGCCACAACUCAGUAGACAUUCUUCAAUAACUAACAGCAGUGGAAGUGACUCUUGGGAAAUAAAUACCCACUGAAACAUGAAACGUGAUAUAAUAUGGUUGAGUGUGAGACAGACAUCAAGAAAAUGUAAGGAUGUUAAUAGCAUGUUUUUAUAUGGAUAAGUUAUUGUAUGAGCCAAUUUAUUAAGAUAUCACAAUAAAGAAGUCGUUAUCUUCAUAGUUUUUUAAAUUGUUAAAUUUGUUUUUUUUUCUUUUUUUUUUUUUUAAUAUUGUUCAUGCAUAUACGAUUCUUACUCAUUUUAGAAGUUAUUAUAGUAGGAAAUACUUUUAAAGUUUUUUUCCUAUGUUGUUGAUUAUCAACAAAGUUUUCCUAAAAACAUUUAUUCAUCGUAAGUAAUGAAUGAAUGAUUGACAAAUCUACCAUAUAUUAAUUACUAUGUAAUUCGUUUCUAUUGUGUGGUAGAUUGUAUUUUUAUACUAAAAA